CGUCUCUCACGACGACGAGCCUACGCAUUUCAGUCGGACACCGCGUUCUCUCUGAAAUCUGCGCAAACACGCCUCGACGUCUUCAUCGUCCUUGUCCACAAAGUCUCCCAUCUUGAUGCUGCUCACGGGUGUUGAGACAACGGGGCAAUACGGAGGAACUGGAGGUCGGUCGGCAGAUGUGAAAGGGAAACAGGUGGCUGCAUGGCAUGGGGUCCAAGUUCGGGGACUAGGGCGAAGGAUGAUGAACCGGUUCGAGCACUGAAAAGCGCACGUGUGGCAGUAGCCGUCCCAAAGAAGAAAAACCCUCUCUCAAAUCUGCUGGUCGCGAAAUCCUAUCCGCGUCCAACCCUCACCAAGUCCGUACAAGCUGGACAACUCCCCACCAUUCGUUCUAGUUCGCAGCACGUCGCCUUCCAAGCUUACGAAUGGUAUCACUCACACACCAGUGCAACAUUCAAUCUAACUGUGCCAACCCAAGCACCAACGUAUACUGCUCUCAGAGUACCACGUCGUGAGGAGAGCAUGCUUAGUGUUAUUGGUUCCCGUGUGGUUAAUCCAUGUGCCCUCGGACUCGGUUGGUUUGCCGGCGGUGGUGAAGGGGAUGAAGAGGUUAAUACGCUGAAGGGAUUGGUGCCAUUCAAGUACAAGGGGACCAACAGGGAAAAAAGUGAUCGGAACGCCGACAGGACUCAGGAGCGUCAACACCAUUGUCAUACGUGGCGACCAGUGUGGUGUACAUGCUGGGUUGUUACAACGUUCAAGUCUUUGUCUACGGUUGCACUCGCACAGAAAGCACUACCAUCAUUCCUGGAGUAACUUUUGCACCCAAUUUUUGUUCCUGAACCCAGUGCUGCUAUCGCGUCGGAAGUAGUAUCUUCGAGUCCAGUCUCAGCUUUGGUGUCGUUACCCACGAAAGAUAACAUCUUGAGUUUGACCUGCUCAAUACUUCCCAAAGCGCUCUGGAUG